AUGGUGGAUCGACCAGAGAAUCAUGAGAAGUAGAUUUUUUUUUGUUGUUAUGAGGUGGAAUAUAGCAUAGGAAGAAUUUUUUGAGGGGUUGAGAUCUACAAUGGGGGAUCUGAUCCAGUGGCAAAAAACGUAUCAUUUUGCAUCCGGGAAGUAUCAAAAGUGUGGCAAAAUGCUUCCCUCUCCAAGCGAAAAAACUUCGUUUUGAAGGGCGCGAUUUUGAAAUCGGAGUUUUUCACUUGGAGAGGGAAGCAUUUUGCCACAUUUUUGACACUUCCCGGAUGCAAAAUGAUACGUUUUUUGCCACUGGAUCAGAUCCGUCACUGUAUAUUUUGAUGCUUUAGGAAUCAGCCGGCGAUUUUUUGCCAACCGGACAGUCAGGUCAGUCAUCAGCGCGCUCCGAACGGGUCCGUCCUCGUCAACGUCCAACAAUCAAACUUCCCGGCCAGCAACUACAUGUAUUCCCAGGACAUUCCGCCCGCUUACUAUCAGAGCGCUCCGUACGCGUACGCCCAGCCACAGUACCACAGCAUCUACUCGAGCCCCAUGCAACCGGGCCCGGUGUACAGCCAGAUCCCCGCCGAAAUGCCGGGCCAAGCGCCGGUUCAGCCGCCCCGAGAGGAAAAGAAGAAACGCGUGUUGUUGAUUGUGGAUCCCACCACCAAAAAUGUGAUCAACAAGGACUUUGUGGAACGGGAUGAAAAGGAUAAGGACUCGACGAGUGAGUUUGAGGGGGGAAAAUUGGAUUUUGAAAAUUUUUUAUAUUGUACUAGAGGAUUUUUGAAUUUUUGAGAAUUUUUUGAAAUUUGGAGCGAUGUACAGUGGCGGACCUGAUCCAAUGGCAAAAAAAGUACCAUUUUGCAUCCGGGAAGUAUCAAAAACGUGUCAAAAUACCUCCAUUUCCAAGUAGAAAAACUUUGUUUUGAAGGGCCCUCACAAAAAGAGAGGAUUGAAAUCUGAGUUUUUUCACUUGGAGAGGGAAGCAUUUUGCCACAUUUUUGAUACUUUCCGGAUGCAAAAUGGUACAUUUUUUGCUACUGGAUCAGGUCCUUUACUGUAACGGAAAUUUAGGCUGUCCUUGAUGAAAUAACCUCUCAUGUUUUCAGCCGCUCGUGUCCCAACUCCUCAACUCACCCCCGAACAGCUGAAGGAUCAAAAGAAGAACGAGGUGGUCAGCAAAUUCAACCAAGCAGUCAUGAAUCUCGCCUACGACGGCGAGAACAAGGCGGCCGCACAACCCCGACGACCUUCGCCACAGCCAAGCCCCGCCAAGCCGGCGGCGGUGAAGCCGGAGCCCGAACGGAAGGAGGAAGCGCCGCCAAAGACGCCAACCCCCGUUGUGGAAUCCCAGCCCGAGCCAGUCGUGGAAAAACAGCCCACUCCUGAAGUGGAGAAAGUCGUAGAGGAACCAGUGGCCGACGAAACGAAGGACGAGGUCGAGGACAAACCCAGAAGCUUCUACAGGCCGCCAGUGAUAAGGGAACGCGACAGUUCGGAACCGGUAAGAUUUUCAUGGAUUAUAUUAGUAUUCUGGGUUUAGGCAACGAAUGGUACCGAUAUAAGCGAACCUAAUGGAAUCCAGGAGGAGAAUGGAGCGUCGAGAGUGGAUACCCCGGAUAAGGAAGCCGAAAAUAUCGAAAAAUUGCUGGCUCUCCAGGCCAAGGCCGAGGAGCUAUACCAGAAGGAGGCGGAGAACAUUGAAAGGAAGGAAUAUAGCAGUGAAUUGAUCUACUUUGUGCGGGAAGUUGUGAAUGUAAGUGAUUUGAAUGAAGAUUGAAAAAGAUUUGGGAUAUUGUACUUGAUAUUAGACAUGACUUUGACGUUCUUUUUUAGAUCUACAAGAAGACCCCAACCCCUUGCGAUGAGGGCAUGCUCAAGGAAAGAGAACUCCACAUUGAAGGAAUGCCCCAGGCCAACCAGAAUCGACCCAAAUUCAGCGGCGGAGGCCAUCCCGGCGUGUACAACUUUAACCCUCAGUGGAACGCGGGCGGACUUGGCUCGGGCGGCCUCAAACGAGUCCCAUACGCGGGCCGACACUCGGAGAACACAAGGAACGCCCGCAAGAAGGGAUCGAUCACAGGCCGCGCCAGUCUCGACCGAACCGCCAGGAACCCCCCUCCACAGCCGCUGGACAACCUAAGGAAGGCGGAGAAUGCAUGGAAACCGAAGAGACGAGAGACCGGCUCCAUUGACGAUGAGGAGCUGAAGUACGAGAAAUUCAGAAAGGAAGUCCGCUCGAUAUUCAACAAGAUCACUCCGUCCACGUACGAGGACUUGAAGGACGAAUUCCUCAACUUGAAUGUGGAUUCGGACCUCAAAAUGCAGAAGAUUGCCAUCGAUUUGGUGUUCGAUAAGGCCGUGGAAGAACCGAAGUUCUGCACCCUCUACACGAACCUGUGCAAGGCGCAAAUCAGCGCCACUGGAAAGGGGAAGGACUCGUUCUGCCGAGCAUUGAUUCAACGCGCCCAAUCGACCUUCCAAGGCUCCGGAGAGAUCCAACAACUGAUUGCGGAAGUCCGAAAUGAAUUGAGUCAACUCCCGGAGGAUGCGACGCCAAAACAAAGGCAGGAUAUCCAAGAGAGGUUAGACCUGUUGGAAGCCAAGGAGAAACGAGUAUUGCUGGGAAAUAUCAAGUAAGUUUGGGUGGAGUUUUGAUUGUUUGAAGGUUUUUUUGUGGGAAUAAGGUGUUAUCAGGACUUGGGGAGGUUUGGGUGGGGUAAGGAUGGACCAAAAAUGCAACGCCACAAAAAAAUAUUUUUAGUUAAAAUUCCUAAAAAAUCUACUAGUCAAAAAACAAAAAAAGUCGCUUUUUUUGUGAGACUGAGGUCUUAUCGGGACUAAAAAUAUUUUUUGAGGAGUAUGCGGAUUUUUGUUGAUAUAAGGGAGAUUGAAUAAAAUUUGAGUGUUAUAACGUAAAAUAAAGAAAAAAUUGGAUAAAAAUGGCUUCAUUGAAACUCGACAGAAUGAAAUUGAACAGAGUAUGGAAAUCGGAUAGGAGGAAACUGGUCAGAAGGAAACUCGACAGAUUUUUUUCACUGCAAAAAAUAAUGGCUUGAUAAGAGAAAAUCUAAUAGAGAUUGCAUUGAAAAAAUCUAUCGAGUUCCCCUCUGACCAGUUUCCCCUUUUCGAUCUCCAUACGCUGUCCAAUUUCCUUCUGUCGAGUUUCCAUAAAGCCUUUUUUAUCCAAAUUUUGAUUUAUUUUUCGUUAGAACACCGAAAUUUUACUUGGUCUUCCCUUAUAUCACGAGGAAAGUACUUCUAUGGGGUAUGGAGUUACAGGUCGAGUCAUAUAUCAAAAAAUUCGCCAAAUUUUUCUGAUUCAGAAUAUGUAAAAAUUAGCUGCCAAAUUUUGGUUUGUAAGGGUGAAAAACCCCUCUGAACUUUUCUCGCAACACCAUGAAAAUGCGCCUUUUUUACAUUGGAACUACUAAUUAAGGUGUAGUAUAAAUUAAAUUUGAUAUUUUGAGGCUGGUAAAGAUACCAGAGUUUACUUUAGCUCAAAAACAAGCUUUUUAUUUGGUAAAAACUUGGUCAAAAGCGUGGUGUUUCGAGAAAAGUUCCGAGGGUUUUUUCACCCUUACAAACCAAAAUUAGGCAGCUAAUUUUUACAUAUUCUGAACAGAAUUGAUAUAUGACUCGACCAGUAAUUCCAUACCCCAUAGAAGUAGUUUCCUUGUCAGAAAAAUCCCCAUACUGCAAAAAAAAAGAAUGUUUUUGGUCCCGAUAAGACUUUAGUCUCACAAAAAAACUACUUUGUUUUUGACUAAAAGUAACAAUAGAUUUUUUAGGAAUUUUAAUUAAAAAAAUUUUUUUGUGGCGUUGAAAAAUUUAGCCAGAGUUUUUUCAUGUUUUUCAUAUGAGCUCUACUUCUUUUCAUAACUUUUUAUUUUCAGAUUCAUCUCUCACUUGUAUGUGGCCGGAAUUCUCGCCGAUGUUGUUGUUGUUUCGUGCGUUGGAGCCCUCUAUGAGAGUUACUUGGUAAGUAAAAUUUAUUAUUAUUUUUUUUUAUUUUUUUAGAUGUUGAAACGAAUCUAUUUUUAACUUUUUUGGUUUCGUAUGUUUGUGACUUUAUUUUGAAUGUUUGCAGAACCAAAAAGAAGAGACCUUCCUGCAAUACGGAAUCGAACUGAUCGAAUUUGUCUCCGGCACCUACUUCAAGAAACACAACUUGAGCGGUGAGACGAAGAAGGACGACAGCGUGGCCAACUUUAUGGACUGGCUCCCCACCAUCAAAGGCAGCGUGUCCAGCAAGAUCAAGUUCAUGAUCAUGAACUUUGAGGACUUUAGGAAGGGGGGAUUCGUGAAGGAAGAGAAGGGCCCGAAAACGAUCGCUCAACUUCAUCAGGACAUCAAAAAGGAAGAGGAAAAGAAUAAGAAUGAGAGAAUACAGGUAGGAGAUUGGAAUAGUGUAAAUUUAGCGGGGAUUUUUUGGAUUUUGGGCCAUCAGUGGCAUGGUGAAUAUAAAAAAUGUUGAAUUUUUUGAUGAUUUUUUAAAUUUGAGCUCAUUUUUAGUACGAUGCGAUGAAAGAGAGGGAAAAGGAUCGAAACCGAAACCCGCGCUCGGGCUACGGCGGCCGCGCCUCCUACGAGAAGCAGCCGGUGGACAAGGACAAGCGGUUGAAGGCCUUCAACGCCUCCGCCAACACUGGGAUGUCGGUGUCGAAGUCGGGCUCCAUCCGCCAAGCCGCCGCCAACAACAAGCUCGGCCGCACCGGCGGCGCCAAUUUCUACAAACAACUCGCCGAAAAGAAGGAGGAAUCGGCCUCGGAAACGACCCCACCCGCCCCGGCCGAAGAGGUGGAGGAUGGCUGGACCAUUGCCGGAGGCAAGAACGCCGUUUCGACCGCCAGAAUCCCGUCGCUGGAGCGGAAAUCGUCGAAUACCCCCACCUCGAAUGGGUCAGAACCAACGUCGGCGGCCGGCUCCAGAUCCGCCAGCGAGGCCCCGCCAUCGUAG